GGUCUGGCUCGCGGGGCGUUGUGGGUAGCCGUCUCUUUCUGUCUGUCAUCUCGCCGGUGUGUGCUCAGCAAGUUGCACUCCCGGGUCACCACAUCAAGCAGACAUGGCGCUGCACGUUCCCAAGACUGGCUUCUCCCAGAUGCUUAAAGAAGGCGCUAAGCAUUAUUCUGGAUUAGAAGAAGCUGUAUAUCGUAAUAUCCAAGCCUGUAAAGAACUUGCUCAAACCACUCGCACAGCCUAUGGACCAAAUGGAAUGAAUAAAAUGGUGAUCAAUCAUUUGGAGAAGCUUUUUGUCACCAAUGAUGCUGCUACAAUCAUAAGAGAAUUAGAGGUUCAGCAUCCUGCAGCAAAAAUGAUUGUAAUGGCUUCCCAUAUGCAAGAACAGGAAGUUGGAGAUGGCACUAACUUUGUCUUGGUUUUUGCUGGAGCUCUUCUUGAACAAGCAGAGGAACUGCUAAGAAUGGGACUCUCUGUAUCAGAGGUUAUUGAAGGCUACGAGAAAGCUUGUAAAAAAGCUUUAGAAAUACUUCCUGAACUAGCAUGCAGCUCUGCAAAGAAUUUGCAUGAUGUAGAUGAAGUCGCAGCCGUUCUUAAGACUUCAAUUAUGAGCAAGCAGUAUGGCAAUGAACUGUUCUUAUCAAAACUUAUUGCUGAAGCAUGUGUUUCAAUCUUUCCUGAAUCGGGUCACUUCAAUGUUGACAACAUAAGAGUGUGCAAAAUUUUGGGUUCUGGUGUCCUUGCAUCUUCUGUCCUACAUGGCAUGGUUUUCAAGAGAGAAACUGAAGGAGAUGUGACUUCUGUCAAAGAUGCCAAAAUCGCUGUGUAUUCUUGUCCGUUUGAUGGCAUGAUAACUGAAACAAAAGGUACUGUGUUAAUAAACAAUGCACAAGAAUUGAUGAAUUUCAGCAAAGGUGAAGAACAUCUAAUGGAAGAGCAAGUAAAGGCAAUAGCUGAUGCUGGUGCCAACAUUGUUGUAACUGGGGGCAAAGUUGCAGACAUGGCAUUACACUAUGCAAACAAGUACAAUCUUAUGUUAGUUAGGUUAAACUCUAAAUUUGAUCUUAGAAGAUUAUGCAAAACUGUAAGUGCAACGGCCCUUCCAAGACUGACUCCUCCUACUCCAGAAGAAAUGGGACAUUGUGACAAUGUCCGUUUGUCAGAGGUUGGGGACACACAAGUUGUUGUGUUUAAGCAUGAAAAGGAAGAUGGUUCCAUUGCAACCAUAGUUAUUCGUGGGUCCACAGACAACCAUAUGGAUGAUGUAGAGAGGGCAGUGGAUGAUGGUGUCAACACUUUUAAAGUUCUCACAAGGGACAAACGCCUUGUCCCUGGUGGAGGAGCAACAGAAAUUGAAUUGGCAAAACAGAUAACGUCAUAUGGAGAGACAUGUCCUGGGUUAGAUCAGUAUGCUAUUAAAAAGUUUGCAGAAGCAUUUGAAUCCAUUCCAAGGGCUUUAGCAGAAAAUACCGGAGUAAAAGCCAAUGAAGUAAUCUCCAAGCUGUAUGCUAUGCAUCAUGAAGGCAACAAAAAUGUGGGAUUUGACAUAGAGGCUGAGACUGCAGCAGUGAAAGAUAUGCUGGAAAGUGAUGUACUUGAUACAUAUCUGGGAAAACAUUGGGCAAUUAAGCUGGCAACAAAUGCUGCUGUCACUGUGCUUAGAGUGGACCAGAUUAUAAUGGCAAAAGCAGCUGGUGGACCAAAAGCCCCCAAACAACAAGGACACUGGGAUAAAGAUGAUUGGCAAGAUGAACCUGAAAGUCAUUAGGUUUCAGUGUAAGAGCAGAUUAUUAUGGCAAAACCAGCAGGUGGCCCAAAAGCUCCACAAGGAAAGAAGGAUUGGGACGAAGACCAAAAUGACUAAACACAUGUACAUGUUUUUGCUCUGUUUGAAUUUAGGACUGUUUUUUAUCAGUGUGUACAAACCACAGCUUUAGCUGCUUGAGACUGGUUCACUUCUUUAAGUUAAAUAUUAAAAAAAUACUGUACAAUAAAUAUAAAAAUCAAGGUA